CCUUCCGAUUCCCCUCCCAGUCCCCCUCCACCUUUCCACUCCACCCAGGACCAGGACCAGACCCCUGACAGCACUCCUCAUGAGUUUGUGGAGGAGCAAAAUAAUGUUGCAGAUGUGCCCCAGCUGUGGAGUUACUUUGGAAACCAAGGGACAACCAACUUCUCUCUGAGGCUGGCCGGUAUCCGACAUGCUAUGGAGGCUCUGACAUCCUCAGACAGUACCUCCCUUAAUUACCUCACCCACGCUGGGAGGAUGGUGUUGAGCGGAUUGUCCAAGCUCAACCAGCAGGAUGUGAGGCAGUUUCAGCAGGCCUACGACCUCCUGGUGAACUUCAUUAAUGAGCCAGCAAACAGGGAGCGACUAGAGCAAGAGAUGGCUCUUGUAGGAAUCGACCGCAUCAACUUCGUGGAUGUAUUUUAUGAAUUCGUUCUACUAAGCCUUCUAGAAGGAAAAACAUCUCUUCCUACAUCUAGGCCUGGUAGCUUCUUUUAUCUGCUCAUGGAAGUGAUAAAGAGGAUUCACCCUCCUGGAGGAGCCUGGACAGAGGCUGCUUGGAACUUCUACCUCCUCAUUAAGGGCCAGAUGAAGGCGUGGCUGGACUCCAUCUUCAACCUCGAUGAGUCCAUCUAUGAAAGCCCACAGAGGCUCUCGGGGCAGGUGAUGGGGAAUCUAGAAAUGCAGGUUGAGUUCCUCCUGUCCAGCCUGGAUUAAGGGUCCCAAACUGAGCUGAGGAUC